CUUUACUGUGCGGAUGCAGUUGGAUCAAUGGCGUAGCCACAUUGUUACCCCGGGUGGGUAAGUACAUGGUCAAGUACCCAGGAUACAAUAUAUACGUCUAUUGCAACUGAUCGUCUUUACACGAGUAUAAGAAAACAUCACCACCGGUCACAAUGCACGCCGCAAACGGAGCCGUCGGCUACGUGGUCAUCAUCUCGUCGUUCCUGAUUCAAGUGAUCGCGUUCGGCGUCUGUUCGUCGAUCGGCAUCUACAAUAUGGAGUACCUCGACUACUUCACCAACGACGCCGUCGCAGUGUCCUUCGUCGCCGCAAUCAACAUCGGCUGUUUUCAACUUACAGGGCCACUUGUCAGUUUCUUGAUGACCGUGCUAGAAUACAGAACGAUCGUUCUGAUUGGUUCACUCCUCAGUUUCAUUGGGCUUAUCGUGAUUCCAUGGUUACCAACUUUGGAGUAUUUGUACAUUUUCCAAGGAGCACUAACAGGAAUUGGAUACUGUUUUGUUUUUGUCGCGUCCCAAGUUCUUAGCAGUCUUUAUUUUGACAAAGGGCGGAGUCUUGCAGCAGGAAUUGUCACAAGUGGAUCAGGGUUUGGAACAGCCGUUUUUCCCAUCCUUGUUGGUUACCUUGUGGAGUUUUAUUCCUGGAAAGGAUCCAUUUAUAUAGUUGCUGGAAUCAGUCUGAAUCUGCUAGUUUUGGGAGGUCUCCUGCGUCCACUGCCAGAGGCGGCAAAGAAUAGAAUAGUAGCUGAAGAAACAGUUAUUGCUUUGACAACUAAAACGCGUAAAAAACCGCUGAAAAACUUUAGAGUGUUGACGGAUUUCUGUUUCGAUGUGCUUUUCAUCAACAAUAUUUGCUACAACAUGUGCGCUUGUAUUUUAAUCGCCUUUGGCCCAGAAUAUUUCACCACCAUAGGACUUAGCAAAAUCGAUGCUGCUUUUCAGUUGACACUUUCAGGGCUAGCGACAUUUCUUGGGGCACUAGUCGGUGGAGUUCUUGGAAACAUAAAUUGCCUUAAUCGUUUUGGAAUGUACAUGGUGUCCAACAUCUUUGAAGGACUCGCGGCAGGGCUCUUUCCACUGGUUAGUGGACUUGAUGCCAUAACUACACUGUCGGUCACCUUUGGCUUCUGCUUUGGCGUCUGUCUGGGUCUUCUCGUGAUGGUCACCAUAGACGUCCUUGGACCAGAAAGCAUUGGAGACGGACUUGGAUAUCUCAUGCUAGCCAAUGGAUUUGGAGCGUUCUUGGGACCGAUUUUGGCGGGAUAUUUAAAGCAGAAGACUGGCAGCUACCGGUCAUCAUUCUAUCUCGCUGGGGGAGUUUCUAUCUCUGGUGGAGUCAUCAUACUUCUAAUCCUGCUGAAGACAUUAUUGGCAAAGAGGCACGACGCCGCCCACAGCAGUGAUGUCCCUGGUGAAUUCUCUUUUAUAGGAAAGGAAAACGAAGGAUAUGUGGCAGACGUGGAUACUGAAAAACGUAAAGAAAAAACCCAGUUUCAUGAUGCCAAUGACCUCUCCGGUAAACGAGAACAUAAAGUGGAGCAGUAUGAUAAUGAGAAGCAGGAACUCUCUAGUAAAAGAGAACAGAAAAAGCAACAUUAUAACAAUGAGAUAUGCCACCUCUCUGGUAAAGAAAGACAGAAAGAUGAACAUUAUGAUAAUGAGCAACAGGAACUCUCUAAUAAAAGAGAACAGCAAAAAGAGAAUGAUAACAAUGAAGAGAAGGAAGUCUCUGGUGAAAGAGAGCAGAAAGAGUCGAAUUGUGAUAAUGAGGGGUAUAAGCUGUCUGAUAAGAGAGGACAUGAUGGAGUUAACUAUUACGAUAAUGACGAGUAUAAAAUUAAUGGUAAAAAAGAACCGGACGAUCAGCAUUAUGGUGAGGGAUGUGAACUCCCCUAUGAACGCGUACAGGAAAACCAGCAUUAUUACGUUAAUGAGAUCAAUGGACUUUCUGAUCAAAGAGAACAGAAAGUCUGUGUUUGCGAGGAUCUGAAAGGUGUUUCUAAAGAAAACCAAACACACUUUAAAGUUACUCUGGAACCACACAGUGUCGACCUUAUGGAUGAAGCUAUAGAAUGUACUCAUCUUUAGAACUAUGAGGUCGGGAUUUAGCUCAGUCAGGAUUUCUGUCAGAGGGUAAAACGAGUAUGGUGCCAUACCCAAAUUGUUUUACAUAUAUAUUUUUUUCAAGUUAACCUUUUGACAAAAUCAAUUACUCUUAUCAUUACUGUAUGAUUUUCUUAACCCUAACCCUAAAUUUAAACCAUUUUCAUUCUAGAGGAGGCCCCCAAUACCCACUGUUGACUGUGGUUGCAUUCAGUUCCAUAACGCCAUACCCAAAACACUGUCAGUCGAUAGGGGCUUGUGUCGUAGGAUCGAACCACCCUGGUGGACCCAUUCAAAUGAUUGGGGUUUUUUCUCGUUCCAACCAAUGCACCACAACUGGA